CUUUAUAAAAUUGAAAUUGAGACAAAUUUGGAAGCUUCUCUAGCUGUGUUUUGAAGCCAAAAUUGGAUUCUUUUUUUAGUGUGUGACUGUGCAUGCAAUAGAAGAUGGAGCUUCAACAUUUUUGCCAUCCAAAGCAUCCAUUGAUCUUUAAUGAAGAGAAAAUUUAUGAUAAACACUGUUAUGGGUGCCUAGAACCAAUAUUGGAUUCUAGCUAUAGUUGUAUAAAAUGCAAAGAUUAUAAGUUCUACCAUCAUAAAUCAUGUGCAGAACUACCCCUUAUGUUUCACCAUCCCUUGCACCCAAUACAUCCUCUUAUUCUCAUUAAUGAAUCAACGAGUCAUCCUGAGAAAGAAAUUAACAGAUGUGAACUCUGUAAAGAUUAUUGUGGUGAAUACAGUUAUCAUUGUUACCGUUGCAACUUUAAUCUUCAUAUCAGGUGUAUUGUUGUACAACUCAAAGCCAAAUUCCACGACCACCCAUUGACUCCCAUUGGCAAGUCAAUUAUAUUCACUUGUGACAUUUGUGGCAAAGAAGACAAGGAUGUGCCCAAUCUAUGUGCCCCAUGUAGUUUCUGGAUUCAUAGAAAGUGUGGCCGUUUCCCACAUAGAGUGAAAGUUGUACGUCACAAGCAUCUUCUCCACCUUACCCAUUCUUCUCUUGAACUCCAUCAAUUUGACUCCCGAUUUUGUCAACUUUGUGUUAGAGAAGUGAACACUAAGUAUGGGUUUUACUAUUGCUCUAGAUGCGAUUUUGUUGUCCAUCUCAAUUGUGCUUUCGCUAAGGAAAAUAGGGAGGACAUAAAUUUGCUAGAAUUUAAAGAUGAAGAUGAUGAUCCAGAGUUCGAUGAAAUCUUUGACUUAGUAACUUACAAAGUCAAAAAAAUCAAUGUGGGGGAGGAUGGAAUUGAAAUAGCCACAGAAAUCGAGCACUUUAGUCAUAAGCAUGACUUAAAGCUUACUAAUGAGGUUUUGAAUGACAAAAAAUGCAAUGGGUGUGUACGAGACAUUCUUCCUCCUUUUUACAAUUGUGCCAAGUGCAACUUCUUUCUUCAUAAAUCUUGUGUUGAAUUACCUAAAAAAAAACGGCACCCACUUCAUGGACACCCACUCACCCUAGUGGCAUCUUAUAAGAGAAAGUUUUCUUGGUGUUAUGCUUGUAAGCGUUUUUGCAAUGGCUUCACCUAUUUUUGUGAGACAUGCGAUUUCAAACUUGAUGUUCCAUGUAGUUUGGUCCCAGAGAUCUUUACCCACCCUGGUCAUGAGCACCGACUUUUUCUCUCUAGCAUUCCAACUAAUCAAAAUUGUAACUGUUGUGAUUCUAAAGUUUUCCCAAUAUUUCGUUGUACCAUUUGUGAAUUUGCACUAGACUUCAAAUGUGCUACACUACCACAUUCUACAAGGUACAAACAACAUGAGCAUCCCUUCCCUUUAUGUUAUACUACUGAAGAUGACUCUGGUGAAUACUAUUGUGAUAUCUGUGAAGAAGAACGAAACCCAAAACAUUGGUUCUACUAUUGUGUAGAUUGUAGUUAUCCUGCUCAUCCCAAAUGUAUUCUUGGGAUAUACCCAAAUGUCAAGUUACACAAAUAAUGGUCACUUGUUUGGAAGAGCUUAGAUUUCAUUGAGAAAGCUAAAAAUCAUCCUCAAUGUCACAGUUGUAGCGGUCCUUGUAAAGA